CUCCCCUUCCCAAGUCCUUUCAUUUUACUUUUUGGCUGGCCCAUUCAUUCCUUUCAAUUUUAAUAACAAUAAUUCAUUCGACAUGAAGAUUAGCCUCCCCCUCACACUCGUUAGCUGCACUCUGUCUUACUUAGCAUCUGCUGCACCAGCAUCUGUUUCUCGGGUUACAGUCGCCCCAGGAGGUUCUACCCUUUAUGGUAUAACUUACAACCCCAAGAACAGUGAUGGUAGCUGUAUGAGCCAAGCAAAUGUGAACAAAGAUAUUGCCAAAUUCAAGCAAAACGGUAUCAUUAAUGUCCGUACUUAUGCCCAAGAGUGCAAUCAACUUGAGCAGAUCCUCAACGCAAUUGCUUCUGCCGGUGGAGGUAUGACUGUGGUUGCAGGUGUUUGGAUUGAUGGAACUGAUGCUGACUAUCAGACUGAAGUCUCAACCCUCAUUAAGGCCUUAAGCUCAAACAGCAAAGCUAAGGGCUAUGUCUCUGGUGUCAUCGUUGGAAACGAAGUUCUUUACAACAACCGCAUGAGUGCUUCUGCUCUCGCAAGCAAAAUUAAUGAUGUCAAGUCCAAGGUCGAGUCUUAUGGACUUCUCGUUGGAACUGCUGAGACACCAUCCACAUUUGAUCCAGCCAUUGUAAGUAGCUCCGACUUCUUGGUUGCCAAUAUCCAUCCCUUUUUCGGUAAGGUGUCGGCCUCCGGUGCUGGAGAGAAUCUCAAGGCACAAUUCAACUCUUUGAAGAGCAAGCUGAAUGGAAAAGACGUGAUCAUUGGUGAGACAGGUUGGCCAACCGCUGGUGAUGCUAAUGGUCAAGCUGUGCCAAGUGUUCAAAACCUUCAAACUUAUGUCCAACAACUCCAAUGUGAGAACGCCGGUCUGAAAUAUUACGUUUUUGAUGGUUACGAUUCUCCUUGGAAGCCAUCCGGUAACCUCAAUGUUGAACAACACUGGGGUCUCUGGGGAGUUGACGGUAGUAGCAAGGGUAUUAACCUCAAAGUUUCCUGCUAGUUUUGUUUAACGAUAAAAAUAAAAAAAUCUCAAAUUUGAUGUGCCACACCAGGCAUAUGCCAUUCCCAGAGCAGAAAGCUGUACUACAUGGAAGUGUGCGACUUCUCCGCAUCAAGCAUCGCAGAAUC